CUACGAAAUGGAAAGGUACCUGAAAGACGAGCCAAAGCUGCAGUCGUACAAAAAGCUCCCCACGGAGCUCGACUCGACGGCACCGUGGAAUUUGUUCAGGGCACCGCAAAUCUGGACCGCCAGUACCGCGAGCACGCCCUUCGAAUCGCCAAUCAAAAUCGAGCCCACAAUCAAAAUGGAGGUGAUGGACGACAGAGAGGCACUUUCGUGUCUGGAGGACGAGCUGAACCUGAGCCCGAGCGACCUGCACCACAGUCACAACGGCCGGGACAGGGAUCUGCUCGACCGGCACCUCGACUCGUUGUCCAUGUCCUCGGCGAGCUCGGCGUGCUCCGCCCUCUCGUGGGACGGCUCGCCCUCCAUGUCCUGCAGGGCGCUCAUCAUCAAAAAGGAGCCCAGCCUCGACCUCGAGGAGGACGAGGAGCACGAGGAGAUCGAGGAAGAGGAGGACAGCGGGUGCGAGGGCGAGGGCCAGAUACUGACGCCACCCUCGAGUCCGGAGUCGGGCCAGGGCCACUCGAACUCGAGCCACUCGUCGACCGGCAGCUCGAUGCUCGACGUUCACAAUCUCAACUUACACGGGCCCCACGGCAGGAGCGCCAUCGUCAGGGUUACCGCGGCCAACGCGCAGAGCGUAGCGAGGCUGAUCUCGGUGACGACGAGCGGCUUCCAAGCGGCCAACGGAGCCUUGGGCCAGGGCUCGGUCGCGGGGACGAUGUCGAGCGGGAGCCACGCGGGAGUCAACAGGCACCACGCGAGGAGUCACGAGCACAGUCCGCCCGACACGAAACGCAGGAUACACAAGUGCCACUACGACAAUUGCAAAAAGGUCUACACCAAAAGCUCCCACCUCAAAGCUCACCAGAGGACGCACACGGGUGAAAAGCCGUACAAGUGCAGCUGGGAGGGCUGCGAGUGGCGAUUCGCCCGUUCGGACGAGCUCACGCGCCAUUACCGCAAACACACGGGCGCCAAGCCGUUCAAGUGCAAGCAGUGCGACCGUUGUUUCUCGCGCAGUGACCAUCUCGCCCUCCACAUGAAGAGACACGUCUGAAAGGCCUCCCACUCCUGAUGUCGGCGGCGUCGCCGUCGUCUUGGCCUUUGUUUCGCGACGCGUCGCCCCGACACCCCGACAUGACGUGCCACGGCUACAGCAGCUAAGCAGCAGCCGCGUACCACCCUCCGACCCCGCAAAUGAUAAAACUCAAUCGCAACGCAACAAGAAGCAACUCUCGCCGAUCCGCCCCGCCGAAAAAAACCUCCCGCCGCGCGAUCACGCUCCCCCGAAGAGGCGCAUCGGGGUAGGUCGCGGGUAAACUUGUAUACGUCCCCCCACCCCCUUCUCGUAAAAUUACUGCGUCGUGCGGACACUUGCCGCUCGCCGU